UCCUGUCUUGUUGGUUCCUCGCUUCCGGUGUCUGUAACCCACGGCCUGUUGACGACUAUUUUGGCGCUUGUCACCGGGUUCUCAGUCCCCGCGCACCAUGUCCUACAACUAUGUAGUGACGGCCCAGAAGCCCACCGCGGUCAACGGCUGCGUGACAGGGCACUUCACCUCUGAAGAUGACUUGAACCUCCUUAUCGCUAAGAACACAAGGCUAGAAAUCUAUGUUGUGACACCAGAGGGCCUGCGGCCCGUGAAAGAGGUGGGGAUGUACGGAAAGAUUGCAGUUAUGGAGCUUUUCAGACCUAAGGGAGAAAGUAAGGACCUGCUGUUUGUGCUGACGGCCAAAUAUAACGCCUGCAUCCUAGAGUACAAGCAAAGUGGGGAUAGCAUUGAUAUCAUCACUCGAGCACAUGGCAACGUGCAGGAUCGCAUUGGUCGCCCCUCGGAGACUGGUAUUAUAGGGAUCAUUGAUCCAGAUUGUCGUAUGAUUGGUCUACGUCUUUACGAUGGUUUGUUCAAGGUGAUUCCGCUUGAGAGAGACAACAAGGAACUAAAGGCAUUUAAUAUCCGUUUGGAAGAACUACAGGUGAUUGAUGUAAAGUUCCUAUACAGUUGCCAGGCACCUACCAUCUGUUUUGUAUAUCAAGACCCCCAGGGACGACAUGUAAAGACAUACGAGGUAUCCCUGAGGGAGAAAGAGUUCAACAAAGGGCCCUGGAAGCAAGAAAAUGUGGAAGCUGAAGCGACCAUGGUAAUUGCAGUACCAGAGCCUUUUGGAGGAGCAAUUAUCAUUGGGCAGGAAUCUAUUACUUAUCACAAUGGCGACAAAUACCUGGCAAUAGCCCCUCCCAUUAUCAAGCAAAGCACCAUUGUUUGCCAUAACCGUGUAGAUGUGAAUGGCUCACGAUACUUGCUGGGAGACAUGGAGGGCCGACUCUUUAUGCUGCUGUUGGAGAAGGAAGAGCAGAUGGAUGGCACUGUGACUUUGAAGGACUUGCGUGUGGAACUUCUAGGGGAGACUUCCAUUGCUGAGUGCCUCACAUACCUAGAUAAUGGUGUGGUGUUUGUGGGCUCACGACUAGGAGAUUCACAGCUGGUGAAGCUCACUGCAGAUAGUAAUGAGCAGGGCUCCUAUGUUGUGACCAUGGAAACCUUCACCAACCUUGGACCCAUCGUGGACAUGUGUGUGGUUGAUCUGGAGAGACAAGGUCAAGGACAGCUGGUGACCUGCUCUGGGGCUUUUAAGGAAGGAUCCUUGAGAAUUAUUAGGAAUGGCAUUGGGAUUCAUGAACAUGCCAGCAUUGACCUUCCAGGCAUUAAAGGUUUAUGGCCUCUUAGAGUAGCUGUCAAUCGUGAAACUGAUGACACGUUGGUUUUGUCAUUUGUAGGACAGACCAGGGUUCUGACCCUUUCUGGGGAAGAAGUAGAAGAGACUGACCUUGCCGGCUUUGUUGAUGAUCAACAAACGUUUUUCUGUGGCAAUGUGGCCCAUCAGCAGCUCAUCCAGAUCACGUCGGCCUCUGUGCGACUGGUUUCCCAGGAUCCACAGAGCUUGGUGAGUGAGUGGAAAGAGCCACAAGGCCGAAAGGUCAGCGUCUGUUCCUGUAACAGCCGUCAGGUACUGCUGGCUGUGGGCAGGGUCUUGUACUACUUGGAGAUCCUGGCUGGGGAGCUGCGUCAGAUCAGCUUCACUGAGAUGGAACAUGAAGUCGCUUGUCUUGAUGUCACACCUCUCAAAGGCAAUGAUGCCAUGUCAACUCUCUGUGCUAUUGGCUUGUGGACCGAUAUAUCUGCACGCAUCCUUAGCUUGCCGGACUUCCAGCUCCUGCACAAGGAAAUGCUGGGGGGAGAAAUCAUCCCGCGAUCCAUACUAAUGACAUCAUUUGAGAGUAGUCAUUAUCUGCUUUGUGCAUUGGGAGAUGGAGCUUUGUUUUACUUUAGCCUCAACACAGAAACUGGUGUUCUGAGUGACAGGAAAAAAGUGACUCUUGGUACACAGCCCACUGUGCUCAGAACUUUCCGAUCUCUGUCUACAACUAAUGUGUUUGCCUGCUCUGAUCGGCCAACUGUAAUAUACAGCAGUAACCAUAAGCUGGUCUUCUCUAACGUCAACCUGAAAGAGGUGAACUACAUGUGCCCCCUAAACUCUGAAGGAUACCCUGACAGUCUGGCAUUGGCUAACAACAGCACUCUGACUAUCGGAACUAUAGAUGAAAUCCAGAAACUUCACAUCCGCACUGUACCGCUGUACGAAUCACCCCGGAAAAUCUGUUAUCAAGAGGUAUCACAGUGCUUUGGGGUUCUUUCCAGCCGCAUUGAAGUACAAGAUGCAAGUGGUGGAAGUUCCCCUCUGAGACCCAGUGCCAGCACACAGGCGCUCUCUAGCAGUGUGAGUUGCAGUAAGCUCUUCUCUGGGAGUACGUCACCCCAUGAAACAUCGUUUGGGGAGGAAGUUGAAGUUCACAAUCUACUGAUUAUUGACCAGCAUACAUUUGAGGUAUUACACACACAUCAGUUCCUACAGAAUGAGUAUGCGCUUAGCUUGGUCUCCUGCAAGCUGGGGAAAGACCCUAGCACAUACUUCCUGGUGGGGACAGCAAUGGUGUAUCCAGAUGAGGCAGAGCCAAAGCAAGGGAGAAUUGUGGUGUUCCAGUACAGCGAUGGGAAGCUGCAGACGGUGGCAGAGAAGGAGGUGAAGGGAGCAGUUUACUCUAUGGUGGAAUUUAAUGGAAAGCUGCUGGCCAGCAUCAACAGCACGGUGCGUCUCUACGAGUGGACAGCAGAAAAAGAGUUACGCACAGAAUGCAACCACUACAACAACAUCAUGGCCCUGUAUUUAAAAACCAAGGGGGAUUUCAUCCUGGUGGGAGACUUAAUGCGUUCUGUGCUGUUGCUGGCUUAUAAGCCCAUGGAGGGAAAUUUUGAAGAAAUUGCUCGGGAUUUUAACCCCAACUGGAUGAGUGCAGUAGAAAUUUUAGAUGAUGAUAACUUCCUGGGAGCUGAAAAUGCUUUUAAUUUAUUUGUGUGCCAGAAAGACAGUGCUGCUACCACAGAUGAGGAACGGCAACAUUUGCAGGAAGUUGGUCUGUUUCACCUUGGUGAAUUUGUGAAUGUCUUCUGCCACGGCUCUCUUGUGAUGCAGAACCUUGGAGAGACAUCCCCUCCUACACAGGGUUCUGUGUUGUUUGGAACAGUAAAUGGAAUGAUUGGUCUGGUAACGUCAGUCUCAGAGAGUUGGUACAAUUUGCUCCUAGAUGUCCAGAACAGACUAAACAAAGUAAUCAAGAGUGUGGGCAAAAUUGAACACUCCUUUUGGAGGUCGUUCCACACAGAGCGGAAGACUGAGCCUGCAACAGGAUUCAUAGAUGGGGACCUGAUUGAAAGCUUCCUGGACAUCAGCCGACCAAAGAUGCAGGAGGUGGUGGCAAAUUUACAGAUUGAUGAUGGCAAUGGGAUGAAGAUUGAAAUGACAAUUGACGACCUUAUUAAGAUAGUGGAAGAGCUGACGAGAAUUCACUGAUCUAUUUUUUUACCUCUGCUUUCAUGUUCUCCCAUUAGACUUCCCCAAUACCCUCCCAGCAAUGUGGGAGUGGCUUCCUGCGGGGCCUGAUGGACAGUGAAAUGUGCUUGUAUUAACCCUGUCUGUGCCAGGGAAGUGUGUAUCUUGCUUUGCAGCAUUACCGGCACUUAAGCCUUUGCUCCUAGAGUAGGCCAACAUAUUGCAGGCCCAUCUGUCGGCAAAAGCAUAAAUGUGUGGGCGGUCAGGCUACACUACACCCCAGUCCCCUGCUAUGUUUUUGCUGCCUGCACCCUAUAGACACUGAUUUGAUUUCCCCCUCCCCCCAAUUUUUUUAGGUAACAUUAUAAAAAGGUGGUCUUCUUGUACAGCAAGUUGGGCGUGUGACAUAAAUUUGAAAUUGUGUACAUCGUAGUCUGCAUACAUUUUGGUAACUUGAUUGUUUCUCCCGGAUGAUGCAUUUUCCACUCUUAGUCUACCCUUUGAAAGAGGGAGAGCAAGGAAUAUUAUUUUCUGAGAGUUUAGAAAAUAAAUUUCAAUGGAACUGGAA